AUGGAAAACCCUGAUAUCACCACUCACAAGAACUUCUCAACCAAAACUGACUACGAAUCCGAACCCGACCCGACCCGCAUUCUCCCACCAAUCUCCCAGAUCACGAGAGAGGGCAAAGCCCUCUUCUCCUUAGCCUUUCCAACAAUCCUUGCGGCUUUGAUACUAUACGCCCGCUCUGCAGUCUCAAUGCUCUUCCUGGGCCAUAUCGGCGAGCUCGAACUUGCUGGUGGCUCGUUAGCCAUUGCCUUCGCCAACAUUACCGGUUACUCUGUUCUCUCGGGCCUUGCCUUAGGCAUGGACCCUCUUUGUUCUCAAGCCUUUGGAGCUGGAAAGCCGAAACUUCUAUCUCUAACCCUACAACGGACUGUGCUUUUCUUGCUCGCUUGUGCCAUUGGGAUUCUUGUUCUGUGGCUUAAUUUGGGGAAAAUCAUGGUCUUUCUCCAUCAAGAUCCGAGCAUUGCGUCUUUGGCUCAAGUGUAUAUUCUCUGUUCUGUUCCUGAUUUGCUGACCAACUCAGUUCUUCAUCCUCUUCGCAUUUACCUUCGUGCGCAAGGUAUCACUCACCCGCUAACCCUAGCCAUGCUCGCCGGCACAAUCUUCCACGUACCCAUCAAUCUAUUCCUCGUAUCUUAUCUCCAACUGGGUUUUGUCGGUGUCGCAAUGGCCGCUUCCGCUUCAAAUUUCUUCGUCCUCGUGUUUCUCGUGUGUCAUGUUUGGCUCACCGGGUUGCACAAAGCCACGUGGACGAACCCUAGCUCGGAGUGCUUCAAGGACUGGGGCCCACUAAUCAACCUCGCCGGUCCUAGUUGCGUUAGCGUUUGCCUCGAGUGGUGGUGGUACGAGAUCAUGACUGUACUAUGCGGUUUGCUUGUAAACCCUAAAGCCCCGGUGGCGGCAAUGGGGAUCCUCAUCCAAACAACGUCGUUGUUGUACAUUUUCCCGUCUUCAGUCGGAUUUGCGGUCUCCACCCGAGUCGGGAACGAGCUCGGUUCGAAUCGCCCGCGUGCUGCGCGUUUGGCAGCAACUGUCGCAGUUGCGUUUGCCGGCCUCAUGGGUUUAACCGCGUCUGCGUUUGCAUGGGGCGUAAGUAACGUUUGGGGGGGAAUUUUCACCGGAGACGCUGAGAUUACAAGUUUAACUGCAGCGGCGUUGCCGAUACUCGGGCUUUGCGAGCUCGGAAACUGCCCUCAAACCGUCGGUUGCGGCGUCGUACGGGGAAGUGCUCGGCCGUCCACAGCGGCGAACAUAAACCUCGCGGCGUUUUACCUAGUCGGAACACCGGUUGCGGUUGCGUUGACUUUUUGGGCCGGUGUUGGGUUUCGUGGGCUUUGGUUGGGCCUUUUAGCUGCCCAAAUUAGUUGUGCGGUUAUGAUGCUUUAUGUUGUGGGGUCCACAGAUUGGGAAGAAGAGGUGAAGAGGGCCAAGGUGUUGACGUGCACUGGAAGCGUUGACGUGGUGAUAACGGCGCAGGAUGAUAACGGCGAUGUGACGGAGCGGUUGUAUAUCGUCACUGUUGCUACUGACUAA